GAUUUGAAUUCCCCCUCCCUCUCUCGGUUAGCCCGAAAUCUCCUUCACAUUACUCAAUUGGUAACCGCCUACUCCAUCAAAACCUUUUGCAAUUCUCUCUUCUUGCUCCUUUCUUCAUCUCUUCACAACCGUCAAACCCCUUCUCUCCCUCUUUGCAAGGAAAGCAUGGAAGGUUCACCACUUGUGUUGGAUAUAAGCUCCGAUGAAGAACCGUGUUUGGAAGAAAGUGAUGCAAAGAAGAGAAUUGACUAUGAUGAUAUGAUAAAGGAGUGGUUGGCCAUGCCUGAUGAAGAACCAGAACAAGACCAUGUUGUCGUGAAUGAACUUGGACACAAGUCAAAGUCAAAGUCAAGAUCUUUAGCAUCAACGCCAAGUGUGAAAGACAUGCAAGAUCAUAAUGAUGAUGAUGAUUGUGUGAUUCUGGAUGGUGACCCUGAAAGAGCUGUUACCACUUCUGUAGAGGAAAUCACAACAGCUUCCUCUGAUGAGUUGGUUGUUGUUGGGGAGAAGGGUCAGGUUGCAUGCAGAGAUUAUCCUCAUCCGCGGCAUCUUUGUGCCAAUUUCCCCUUUUCUUCCACCCCCCAUGAGCAGCACUGUGAACAGUGCUAUUGUUACAUAUGUGACUGCCUAUCACCAUGUCCAAAUUGGGGCAUUGGUCUUUCAAGUGCAGAUCACUGUCAUGCAACUGCAGGAUCUGGGAUGUGGGAAACUCUUAGGAAAAAUUUCAAGUUGGGAAAGAUUGCUCCAAUACCAGCAUCGACCAAUUAUGUCACUUCAUGCGAGGCUGUGAAUGAUAUACACAACCUUGAGCUACGCCUUGAUACUCCUCGGUUUUCUCCAGUUUCCCCAUUAUUGAAUCAGUCAUGGAAUCCGAUGGAUAUUCCUCAGUUUUCUCCAGUUUCCCCAUUAUUGAAUCAGUCAUGGAAUCCGAGGGUAAGUCUCGAACCUCAAAAUCAAGCCUCUAACACAAUCAUAGCAUGGUCAAGCUCCUUGCAAAAGUUUAGAUCAUUGAAUCAAGUCUCCAUGCCAAUUACCAUUCCUUUACGUCCCACCACCAAUGCUGCACUUCAACAUGGUGCAAACCAUGCUAGAUCUCCUGAGUCAGCAUUUCCUUUCGCAAGGAGCGGAUACCAGUCCCAUUCUGUUCCAAGGCAAGUGCUAGGUGGACAAAAUCACACCAUCCAAAGGGGACAAGUUCAUGGCGCUGUCUGCUUAAGCCCUCAGUUCCUCCAUUCUCAUAUGAUUGCCAGAGGAGUAAACAGUGCCAGGAGCAUCCCAACGACAAACUACACUUCUCAUGGUGAUUCUUUUGGCCUCAGCAGUCAAGUUGGUUCGGCACAGGCACGGCAAUAUGGUAGAUAUCAUCAUGCAACUGGAAUUUCUAAUAAUGGAACACCUUAUGUGCAAAGUGAUGCUAUUGUACCCAAUACCAUAGGGUACCCACAACUAAUACCAGAAAAAACCAGCCUGAACUUUAUUGAUGUGAAUAGAAAUCAGCAUCUAAAUGAGCAUCAAUUUGUAAAUCAAAAUGGACCUGCUCAAGCAAAGAUCGUGACAUGUGGAAUGUCAAUGCAAGAUGCAUGCCUACAACUUGGUGAAAGUCAAAAUCAAAUUGAAUGUGCAGGGAAUGAAGAGAGAUCUAUAAACCAACCCCACAAUAUUAAGAAUUCAGAGGACGGUGCUUUGCCAUCUGACCUGAAUAUAACAUCUUAUCUCGAGUCCAACUGAUACAGGUGUUGGUUCUCGUUAUUUUUACCUUGCCAUCUUCUUUUCCUUCAGUUAUGUUAACCUUAGAAAAGAAAAGAAAACUCUGUAAACAACUUACACUCACUUACACUACCCGAAAAUCAUAUGCUUAUUGUGGGAUGGAAGAAAUCCCUUGAUUUUGUUAAUUUAUCUUUGUAACACUUCAAAAUACGAGAG